GCCCUCUGUCCUGACCAGACCAACAUUUAGUAAAGCUUGUGUGAGAGGAACUCCUCUCAAAGUUCAGUUCCCAGUAGGGGAGAUUUUUUUUAAAAUAUUUAUUACUUAACUUAUUUUUUCUGUGGAAUACUUGGAAGAGACCAACUAAGGAUUACAAAGAAAAAGAGGAUACUGUGUUUUUACGGAAAGCUAUGGUGGCUUACGAUGAACUGGGUAGCUUGGUGCCUAUCAAACGGACUCUGCAAGUGAUAGACUACCAGAACCAAGUCCACAAAGAGUCAGAGGAACCCAGCAACAAGCGUGUCCGUCCUCUCGGCAGGGUGACGUCGUUAGCCAACCUCAUUUCUCCGGUGAAGAAUGGGGCCGUCCGGCGCUUCGGCCAAACCAUCCAGGCCUCCUUCAGGAGCGAUGGCAAGUCGCCGGGCAUGCCCCAGAAGCCUUGUAACAAGGCGACGGCCCCCACGCCACCUAAAAGGAGAAACAGUACACUGUGGUCAGAGACGCUAGACGUGCACCAGAAGGGGACUUUAACCACCAAAGAGAUAAAGCGGCAGGAGGCCAUAUUUGAGCUGUCUCGCGGAGAACAGGACCUGAUUGAGGACCUCCAACUCGCACGCAAGGCAUACCAUGACCCAAUGCUGAAGCUCUCCAUCAUGUCUGAAGAAGAGCUCUCUCACAUUUUUGGCGACCUGGACGCCUACAUCCCCCUGCAUGAAGAUUUGCUGGCACAGCUCUCCAAAGCAACAGGCUCCAAUGGAACCGUGGGGCAGAUAGGUCAGAUCGUCGUCAAUUGGCUACCCAGGCUCGAUGCUUACAAGGAGUACUGCAGCAACCAGUUAGCAGCUAAGGCCCUCCUGGACCAGAAGAAACAGGACCGGCGGGUGCAGGACUUCCUGCAGCGUUGCUUGGAAUCGCCCUUCAGUAGGAAGUUGGAUCUCUGGAGCUUCCUGGACAUCCCACGCUCCCGAUUGGUCAAGUACCCACUGCUGCUCAAAGAGAUCCUCAGACACACUCCACCAGAGCAUCCAGACACCGCCAGCUUAGAACAAGCAAUCACCAUCAUCCAAGGCGUGCUGUCAGACAUCAACAUGAAGAAGGGCGAGUCUGAAUGCUUGUACUACAUCGACAAGCUGGAGUAUCUCGACGAUCGCCAGAGAGACCCUCGCAUCGAACAGUGCAAAAGCCUGCUGUGUCACGGGGAGCUUCGCAACAAGAGUGGGACGAAGCUGCACGUGUUCCUGUUCACCGAGCUGCUUGUUCUGACUCGCUCAGUCACCCGAAACGAGCGCCAGUGUUUCCAAGUGUACCGCCAGCCAAUUCCCGUGCAGGACCUAGUGUUGGACGACCUGCAAGACGGCGACGUCAGGAUGGGCGGUUCCUUCAGAGGUGCUUUCAGCAACGCAGACAAAGCCAAGAAUAUUUUCCGUGUGCGCUCCCAAGACCCGAGCCAGGCCCAGUCACACACACUGCAGGUGAACGACGUCUUCCACAAGCAGCAGUGGCUCAACUGUCUUCGCGCCGCCAUCUCCGUCUACCGGCCCCACGGUGAGCCCUCAUCGCCCGCCCCGCGUGAAGUCACAGACGCCCGCUCCAAGCGCCGCCCGUCCUCCGUCUCCGCCAUCGUCCACAUGGAGGAGACGGAUGAGAACUGCCCGCAGCGGAUGUGUCAGUCUGCACCCAGCUCACCCUGCGGCGACACCAGCCCGAGUUCGUCAUCCCCGAGUUCUCCAUCUCCCUCAUCGGCAUCAUCAUCGCAACCAUCUCACAAAACCAAAAAAGACAAGAAGUCUCUUUAUUCUUUAGGGAAGAGAAAAGAGACGAUGGUGUGACACUAGAUGGAAGAACACUUUUGUACAGAAACACGGAAUAGCGUGGGACUUGUAUUUAUGUGUCAGCGUGUGCGUACCCUUACAGCAGUGUUCUGUGUUACUGUCCUCUUUGGCAGCUGUUUACCUCACCCUUCCUUUACAAGUCCAUCCCAUAGAGCAGGCCUUCCCAAACCCAACAUACUGGAACCCGGUUAAGACAAGCCCCUCUCCAAGUGCCUAUUAUGUUGAUAUAGUAUACACAUUUUGGCGACCCUAAGGGGUCAUUUCAAACUUGAUGUCGACUCACUGAAGUCCUUUUCUAGUCUUAUAACAAACAAAUUCCCAAAUACAUGGUUACGUCAAGUUUAUUUAUGUAGCCUUUAAUCACAAAAAAGUGGACGACCACUUAUGUUGAUUGUUUAUGUUGACAUUUGUUGUAAUAUUGCUAAGCAGCGUGAAAAGACAACAUUGCAACAUUAAAAACGUGCACACAACAA